CUAAGGAAACUGGAACACACACACACACAUAUAAAUUGCAACACAAAACAAAGAGCGUUUCAGUAAAGACUGCCACGUUUACCAGUACCAUCCCCUUUCAUAACAACUGCUCUGUACAGUAUCUGUGUGUGUGUGUGUGUGUGUGUGUCGGAAGCUGAUGGUGUGUGUGUGUUGUGGUUACUAGGCGAUGGAGAGCAAGCUGCUGGUUGGAGGGAAGAACAUCAUGGAUCACACCAACGAACAGCAGAAGACCCUGGAGAUACGCAGACAAGAGAUCGCUGAGCAGAGUCGUAGAGAGAGGGAGAUCCAGCAGCAGGUGAUGGUUCAGGAUGAAGAGACUCUAGAACUCAAAGAAACAUUCUCCUCCCUGCAACAGGAAGUGGAGGCCAAGACCAAGAAACUAAAAAAGCUCUAUGCUAAGCUGCAGUGUGUGAAGGCUGAGAUCCAGGAUGUUAAUGAUGAGCACGUCAGGAGUCGACAGGAGCUGGAGCAGACGCAGAACCAACUCACCAGAGAACUCAAGUUCAAGUAUCUGAUCAUAGAGAACUUCAUUCCUCUGGAGGAGAAGAAUAAGAUCAUGAACAGACUGACCUUUGACCCUGAGGAGGACCAGUGGAAGUUCACACCCCUCGUCCUUGCAGAGAGGUCAGGUCAGUUCAGCCAGAUGAAGAAGAGGCCGGCUUCUGCAGUCGGAUACAAACGACCAAUCAGCCAGUACGCACGGAUCUCCUUAGCGAUGGGAGCUCACUCCAGAUACCGGGCUGAGAACAUCAUGUUCCUGGAGCUGGACAUGACUCAUCCCACCACUGUCUCAUUGGACCACCGGCCAUCGGAGGUGGGGCCUAAUUAUAGCCCCUACCCAACAGACAACGUUCCCCACAGGGAGCGAGCUGCACGUGUCCGCAUGUCACGAUCCUGGUGUCAGACCCCGCGAGCCAUCACUUCCUCCACCUCCACCUCCCUGGCAACCCAUUCUAUAGCCACGCCCACUGCCGCCCAGUGAAGAGCAACCUAUCUCACUACCUAUCCCUUCCAUAUCUCUCCCUCCCUUCCAUAUCUCUCCCUCUCCCUCUCCCAUAUCUCUCUCUCCCUUCCAUAUCUCUCCCUCUCCCUUCCAUAU